CGGGGGCGGCGCGGUGACGCGGGCGGGCGGGGCUGGAGCGCGGCGCUGGGUUCUGCUCCGGGUCUCCGAAGUCGGCUCGGCUACAGCAACCGGGAGGCGGCGGGGACGUGCGGCCCAGAAAACACCUGCAAAAAUGUCUCUUUAUCCAUCUCUUGAAGAUUUGAAGGUAGACAAAGUAAUUCAGGCUCAGGCUGCCUUUUCUGCCAACCCUGUCACUCAGGCAGUUUUGAUAGAAGCUUCUGCUCCCAUUGCUCAUGAUGGAAAUCUCUAUCCAAGACUGUAUCCGGAACUCUCUCAAUAUAUGGGACUGAGUUUAAAUGAAGAAGAAAUACGUGCACAUAUGCCCAUGGUCUCUGGAGCACCAACACAAGGGCAGUUGGUAGCAAGACCUUCCAGUGUGAACUAUAUGGUGGCACCUGUAACAGGUAAUGAUGCUGGAAUCCGUAGAGCAGAAAUCAAGCAAGGGAUUCGGGAAGUCAUUCUGUGUAAGGAUCAAGAUGGAAAAAUUGGGCUGAGGCUUAAAUCGAUAGAUNAGGGUAUAUUUGUUCAGCUGGUGCAGGCUAACUCUCCAGCCUCCUUGGUUGGUCUGAGGUUUGGGGACCAGGUGCUCCAGAUCAAUGGUGAAAACUGUGCAGGCUGGAGCUCUGAUAAAGCGCACAAAGUACUCAAGCAGGCUUUCGGAGAGAAGAUUACGAUGACCAUCCGUGACAGGCCCUUUGAACGGACUAUUACCAUGCAUAAAGACAGUAGUGGACAUGUUGGCUUUAUCUUUAAAAGUGGAAAAAUAACAUCCAUAGUGAAGGAUAGUUCUGCUGCCAGAAAUGGUCUUCUUACUGAACACAACAUCUGUGAAAUCAACGGACAGAAUGUCAUUGGGUUGAAGGACUCUCAAAUCGCAGACAUCCUGUCAACUUCUGGGACUGUAGUCACCAUUACCAUCAUGCCUGCUUUUAUCUUUGAGCACAUUAUUAAACGGAUGGCGCCAAGCAUUAUGAAAAGCCUGAUGGAUCACACCAUUCCUGAGGUUUAAAAGCCAUGCACAACGCAACACACCAUAGCUGAACUUUUCCAGUUUCCUUCUUCGGCAACUUCUGCAUUACGCACAUGAAGCUUUCCCGGAGCCAGGGAGCAUAUGCUGCAUGGCAACCUUUCUUAUACCAUGGCUGGGAAUCUUCCUCUUUCUAUGAUGGCUUCUUCAGAUUUCAAGAUAGCUAUAGCCUUAUCCUGGUUUUACAGAUGUGAAACUUUGAAAAGAUUUACUGACUUUCCUAGAAUAGUUUCUCUACUGGAAACCUGAUGCUUUUAUAAGCCAUUGUGAUUAGGAUGACUGAUGUAGGCUUAGCUGUGUAUGAGAAAGUCACUUUUCUCCUAGAUAAAGCAUAGUGCUAUUCGUGUUACUUCAGUUCUGUGGCAUAUUUGUAUUUCAGUGCAUUACAUAGUACAUUUAGGAUGACUGCCAUCGAGAGUUAUUUUUUAAGUUCUCUCUGUGCGUGUGUAAAACGCCCGUCAGUCAGCACUGGUUUCAUUCCACGAGAGCAUUAUACAGUGUAUGUAGGUUGCAAGAGACUGUCAUGAUUGUCAUUAAAUUUUAACUACCUUCACUUAAUAUGCUUCAACUGUCGCCUUAACUAUGGUAAGCAUCUAGAACGAAAGCCAAAAUAUAAUUAUUGCUGCCUUUCUAAAACCUGAAAUGUUAGUUCUGUAUUAAAUGUAUACUAGCCCAGAACAGCUUAAUGGUACAGCACAGCUGCUUAGUCAGAUUUGAGAUUUUCUAGUCAUUGCAUAAAGGAAACUUUUAGAAGUUGCCAUAUCACUUUCUGAAAAACAAAUCAUUAUAUAUUUAAUGUAAAAAUUCUUAUAAAUUUUGGACUCCCUUUUUUUUCACUUGUAGAUUAAGUCGGUAAUACUUAAUCUGAACCCUAACAUUAUGUAACCUAGCAACUUUGGGGUAGUCUUAGGCUGUUCCCUAGUCAUCCUUAUUUGUUCCAUUUUUUGACUCCUCCCUGCACACAAAAUGGCAUUGACACUUUAUCCUGAUGAUUUUUUUUCUACUUGGUUUAUGCCUAUCCAAUUAUUUUAUCCUGUAUUAUCCUAUUAAAUGUGUACAAAUAAAGUAAAAUUUUAGUCUGUC